ACGGCCGCUUCUGAUCCCGUGCAGCCGUGCUCCUCUCCAACGCCGCCGGUCCAAACAGCCCGAGCUUUUGCCUCUUCUCCGACGCCGGCGUCGAUGGAGGCCAUGGCGGAGAUCCCCGAAGGAUGAACCGCAGGCAGUGGAAGGCCGCGAGGGGGAACCGCGAGGACAAGUGGACGAGGAAGGACCGCCUGCUGCGGGAAGCGACCGCGGAGAAACGCCGCGAGCAGGAGGCCGCGGAGGCGGCGGCGGACGCGGCGGCGGACGCGGCAAACAAAGAGGACCCGGAGGGCGCCAAGGCGGCGCGCUACCGCGAGUGCUGGAUCCAGAUAUUCUCCCGCUCCCACGGCUCCUACGAGGACACCACGUCUAUUCCACCGAUGCGAUACACCGACGAUCCGCCGCCGCCCUCUGCCGGUGUUGGCUAUGCUGACGCUGUGGUCAUCUUCUCGGUGAAGGUGACACAACUAAAGGAUUCCCUGGAGUGGCCACUUGAUGUAUACGGCAUAGUUGCUGCACGGGAUUCACUGGACCGCAAUCGAAACCUCAUCUUCAACCGCACCAGAGACAAUUGCCAGAAGCUCACCCCAGAGGAUGCCUCUCUGUUGUUGACCGGUCCUACCCGUGCUGUUGUGAUGAUUGAUCCUGUGCAUUAUGAGGUCGAGCUAAUAGUGAAGGGUGACACACCAUCUCAAGAUAAACUCUUAAGCCUUCUGCUCAUGGAGGAAAAGUACUAUCCUCCGGGUGAACGUUGCCAAGGAGUUCACUGCCACAUAUACUCUUCUAAGCUAAGCACAGUCGAGGUGACUGUUGGCCAUCUUGCACGAACAGUGGAGGCUACUAUCACAGUCCAGGUCAUCGAGGGAUCCUGGCCAACUCACCAUCACGGGCGAUUUGUUGCACGUAUAUCUUGUAUCGAUGAUCUGGAGAUGGUGCUGCUCGAUUCUCGUGACGGAACGGUAACAAUUGGUAGUGAUGGCGCAAUCGAGCUUUCGCGGUGUGUUGUUCCUGUCGAAGCGGAUGGGGAGCUGAAGCUUUUAGUGGAUGCCCGGCAAGGAGACUACAAGGCUGAUGCUGUCGGCGAAGGUCAAGUAACCUUCGCGCCUGAAAAAUCAGGUAGAAGUGAGGGUAUCUGUGAUGUUGGGUUUUGUAAAUUGAGAGUUAGGGUAGCUUGGUCGCGUCUUGUGAACUACUGAACUGGUGACGUGGAGGGAAUCAAUCUAGUCUAACAAGUGUGUUUCGGUCUGACCACA